GACAGUUAAGCGUCCUGAUCCCAAGAAGUCAGCCCUAUUUGCCCAGAGAGGUUACUGAUUUUGGUGGACGCAGCCAAGAGCAAGGCCCGAAGAGGAUGAAAUAAAGACCCUGCUGGCCAGAGGAGUAAACAGUGCUCAUCCAAACAUCCUUUGGUCUACUGCACGAAAGCAAAACACAGGACCAGGAGCCGGUUGGAAGGGUGCCAGGUCCUGUGGGGACUGGGAGAAGAUGUAGUGGGACUCGGUUGGUGAAAAGGAGUGUUGAUUGAAUGCACUGUUAGGAAACUUCCUUCAUAGAAGGUUAAAGACGGCAUAUUUCAGCUUUGUGCCAGGCUUGUGAGUGGGGCCAUCUUGCUUUGCCGCCUUGCGUCUGGAGCUGGACCUCGGGCAGGGAUGACGUCUACUCAGGCACCUUUUUGCUCCAGCCUACACAGAAACCCACUAUACUCCAAGUGGCAACCCUCAAACCACCACCCUGAAAUCCGAGGAUGACUGCUUUUACCACGGGACAGUGAGGAAGGCAGAACAGUCCAGCGUCUCGCUCAGCACCUGCCGGGGAAUGAGAGGACUGAUUAUGGUGAGCAGUAACCUCAGCUAUGUCAUCGAGCCCCUCCCUGACAGCGGGGGCCACCACCUUAUUUACAGAUCUGAACAUCUCAAGCUGCCCCCUGGGAACUGUGGGUUCAAGCACUCCAAGCCCACUGCCAGGGACUGGGCCCUUCAGUUUACGAACCAGACCAAGAAACAACCUCGCAGGAUGAAAAGGGAAGAUUUACACUCCAUGAAGUAUGUGGAGCUUUAUCUCGUGGCUGAUUAUGCAGAGUUUCAGAAGAAUCGACGGGACCAGGACGCCACAAAACACAAGCUCAUGGAGGUCGCCAAUUACGUUGAUAAGUUUUACCGAUCCUUGAAUAUCCGGAUUGCUCUCGUGGGCUUGGAAGUGUGGACUCAUGGGAAUCUGUGUGAAGUUUCGGAAAACCCGUACUCCACCCUCUGGUCAUUUCUUAGCUGGAGGCGCAAGCUGCUCACCCACAAGAACCAUGACAAUGCACAGCUAAUCACGGGCAUGUCCUUCCACGGCACCACCAUCGGCCUGGCACCCCUCAUGGCCAUGUGCUCCGUGUACCAGUCUGGAGGAGUCAACAUGGACCACUCUGAGAAUGCCAUUGGCGUGGCUGCCACCAUGGCCCACGAGAUGGGCCACAACUUCGGCAUGAGCCACGAUUCUGCAGAUUGCUGCUCAGCCAGUGCGGCUGACGGUGGGUGCAUCAUGGCAGCCGCCACCGGGCACCCCUUUCCCAGAGUGUUCAACGGGUGCAACAGGAAGGAGCUGGACAGGUAUCUGCAGUCAGGCGGUGGGAUGUGUCUCUCCAACAUGCCGGACACCAGGACGCUGUAUGGAGGCCGGAGAUGUGGGAAUGGGUACCUGGAAGAUGGGGAAGAGUGUGACUGUGGGGAGGAAGAGGAAUGUGAUAACCCCUGCUGCAAUGCCUCUAACUGCACCCUGAGAGAGGGGGCGGAGUGUGCCCACGGCUCCUGCUGUCAUCACUGUAAGCUGCUAGCCCCCGGCACGCUGUGCCGUGAGCAGGCACGGCAGUGCGACCUCCCAGAGUUCUGUACGGGCAAGUCCCCCCAUUGCCCCACCAACUUCUACCAGAUGGACGGCACACCCUGCGAGGGCGGCCAGGCCUACUGCUACAAUGGCAUGUGCCUCACCUACCAGGAGCAGUGCCAGCAGCUAUGGGGUCCUGGAGCCCGACCCGCUCCUGAUCUCUGCUUCGAGAAGGUGAACGUGGCAGGGGACACCUUUGGAAACUGUGGGAAGGACAUGAAUGGCAAACACAAGAAGUGCAACAUGAGAGAUGCCAAGUGUGGGAAGAUUCAGUGUCAGAGUUCAGAGGCCCGGCCCCUGGAGUCCAAUGCAGUGUCCAUCGACACCACCAUCAUCAUGAACGGGAGGCAGAUCCGAUGUCGGGGCACCCAUGUCUACAGAGGUCCCGAGGAGGAGGGUGACAUGCUGGACCCAGGCCUGGUGAUGACUGGCACCAAGUGCGGCUAUAACCAUAUUUGCUUCGAGGGGCAGUGCAGGAACACCUCCUUCUUCGAAACGGAAGGCUGUGGGAAGAAGUGCAAUGGCCACGGGGUGUGCAACAACAACCAGAACUGCCACUGCUUCCGGGGCUGGGCCCCACCCUUCUGCAGCACGCCGGGCCAAGGGGGCAGCGUCGACAGCGGGCCCAUGCCCCCCGAGAGUGCUGGUCCCGUGGUAGCCGGAGUGUUUUCGGCCAUCUUUGUGCUGGCGGUUCUGUGGCUGCUGUACCACUGCUGUAAACAGAACAACAGACUGGGCCAGCUCAAGCCCUUAGCCCUCCCUUCCAAGCUGAGGCAACAGUUCAGUUGUCCCUUCAGGGUGUCUCAGAACAGUGGAACUGGCCAUGCUAACCCAACGUUCAAGCUGCAGACGCCCCAGGGCAAGCGAAAGGUGACCAACACCCCGGAAACCCUACGGAAGCCCUCCCAGCCUCCUCCCCGGCCCCCUCCGGACUAUCUGCAUGGAGGGUCCCCACCUGCGCCGUUGCCAGCGCACCUCGGCAAGGCUGCUAGGAGCUCCCCGGGGGCUGGACCCCCCGUAGAGAGGAAGGAAUCAUCCAGGAGGCCUCCCCCAAGCCGGCCAGUGCCCCCUGCACCAAAGUGCAUCCUCUCCCAGGAUUUCUCCAGGCCUCGGCCGCCCCAGAAGGCGCUCCCAGCUAACCCGGUGCCAGGCCGCAAGAGCCUCCCCAGAGCCGGUGGCGCCUCCAUCCUGCAGCCUCCUGCCUCCGGCCCUCAGCAGCCCCGGCCCCUGGCAGCACCUGCCCCAAAGUUUCCUGAAUACAGAUCACAGAGGGCUGUGGGGAUGACUAGCUCAAAAAUCUAGCCCCAUCUAAAGGGGCUUCUCCCUUUCCUUGAAGACUCUGAACAUCACGGAGGAUCCGUGGCCACAGAAUCUGGAAGAAGCAUGUCUGGCCACCUCCGAGCUCCUCUUCUCCGCCCUACUCCUCCUGGAACCACCGCAUCUCUGAAAAUCUCCUUGACUCGGCACCUCCUCGGCCUCCUCCGAGGCCCAGAGUGACUACUGUCCAAAGGCAUCCAAGUGUUGUUUUGUGCAAUAUUCAGCCCCGGGGUGGGAGGGGAGGAGAUGAAUGGCUGCUUCUCUCCCAUCCCCCCUUCAGCUGGCCCCUCCCUCCCGAGGUGCCAGGUGAGCUGGUGCAGGCUGUCUGAGCUGGCGAGCCCAGCUGGGAAAAGUCUGUUUAGUCCUUCAGGCCAGGACUCAACUUGGAGAAGCCAUCCAUCCCCAUCUUAUGCUGGAGGGUACGCCUAAGAGCUUUCCACUGCUUCCAUCUUCCUCAAAGGCCCCAGGCUGGACAGAGGCUAGGCACGUGCCAUCCCUUUUAGCUCCGAGAUGGAGAAGGGCCACUCCAGCCACAGCUGUGACCCUGACCAGGGCUUGGUUGAGGUCACAGCUCCUGGUUCUGUGGCCACAUGUGAACAAGUCAAGUCCCCUCGUCAUACCUCCCCCCUCCAAAAGCCCCCGCAUCCUCUUACUCACACGGGUCACUCUGACUCAGACAGGUACUAUUUGUAGGCAGUGUAGACAGCAGGGGGAGCACAGCCUGGGCCCCCUCUGAGCCCUCAAGCCAAAGGUUGCGACUCCGCCCGCCGUCCUUCUUUGUUGCUCUUUGUUCUCUCUUCUGCACUUUCCAAGUGCCUCGCGCUUUGGCUUUCUCCUUCCCACUCAGACUCGCCAACGCGUGGUGCUGCAGAGAGCGGGUCCCCAGCAGCCCCACUUCCUGGGACCUGGUGCUGUGACCUGCAGGUCAGGGUCCUGCCUGAGGGCCGGCCACGGGAUUUUCUACGCUGGUUCUCAAGAGUGCUGACCGGGUAGACUCGGGCCACGGCCGUGGGGUCGCAGCUUUACUUCCCAUUGUGUGUUGUGACCUCAGCAGAGUCUGCUCUUCCUCUUACUCCCUGACCUAAAUCUGAGUAAGGUACUCGGGCACGGCAGCGGGUGCGGUGAGGGGCACGGACAUCCUGGGAGCUCCAGCCUGUCCCCAGGCCUGGUCACUGGCUUGAGGCAGGACCCCUGCCCUCCGAGCAGAGCUGAGAUCUCUAGAGAAGCAGCAAUCAGCAGCCUUCAUGGAACAGAGUCUGUGCCAGGACCAACCAGGUUUCUUUCUCAGCCCCUUCCUAGUGUUCUUUCCUCUGGUCCUGUCCUCCCCGCAGCAGGGAAGGAGGGCUGUGCGGUGCUCUGCUAGAUGGGAUAUUUUCAGAGUCACUGGAGAUGUUCUCCGGGACUGUCUCCCACCCCAGAAAGGUGCUAGGCAGUGUGGGGUCUCCCCACCUCCUGCAGUGAGCAGAUGUUUGCUCUUAAAAACCUCAUGUAAGGAAGAGGCUUGAGUUUUCACUCUUAACCACUACCCCAGGGCUCCCUUAUAGUUCUCUGCACGCAAUAGGUGCUCAAUAGAUGUUCUUGGGUUUGUAGACAAGUGAGAGGUUGAGGCUGUGCACUGGGGGACACACUUGGAGUAGAUUUAGAAAGAGCUUAGGAAAAUGAAGUUCUCUUCCCUCAGGUAGUCAGGCUGUUGUGAUAUUAGUGAUAUUUGUACCCCGGUCUUGCCGACAAGAGCCCUGGUUGCUCCCCAAAGCCAAUGUCCACUGCCUCUGCUGCCUGAUUAGGUCGGGGAUGGCCUUCCACUUAAGUGUGCUCCUCUAAACACCCCAGGCCUCAAGGCUGGGUCCCAGAAAAUUAAAGGAGAAAAGACCCCCCCCAAAAAAAAUCACCCUUCAACUCAACCCCAUGCCUCAGUGCUGUUCCUGUGGCAUGUCCAAAUUUUCACUGCAUCAGUAGGUGGAAGGCUCUGAAGUGAAAAUGCCACAGCCAUUGUGGCUGCAUGAGCCUUCUGAACCUGAAACCCACCCUCCCUGGAACCAUACCAAAAAGAGACCUGGGUUGUUGCUUGCUUGGGUUUUUUUGUUCCUGUUUUCCACUAUUUUAAUAUGACCUCUAUCCCGUAAAAUUGUACUGUGAACUGGAAGAUGGUCGAGUUUUUACAAUUUGAUGAGACUUUUUGGCAGCCAGUUCUACUUACUGUUUCACUCCUGGCUCUGUUCAGGGAGCUGGGAGUCACCAUUCCGGCCGGCCAGGGAGGCUGCCCAGGAGCAAGACCGGCCAUUACAGGCCCGCUUUUCCCUCCUGUGUCCAUGUGCUGCUUUGAGGUGACAAAAACAAAUGCGGGCUUAAGGAGGGGCUUUAUUCGAAAGGAUGAUUGCAGGACUGGGGGGGGGGGUGCUGCCUGGGGAGAAUGCUCAGGCAUGCCGAGCUGCUGCAAGAUGUGUAAGCACCUCACAGCUCAGAAGGAAGAGGCCUUUGAUAGGAAGGGCAGAGCAUGGCUGGAGAGAACUGCAUACUGGGACCAUCUCUGUGCUCAGCCCUUUCGGGGAGUGGCUGUGUGAGGGCUCUAGCCGAAGGCCGGCCCAUGUUCAGAGUCUGGGUGGGAGGAGAGGCGCUUAACUGAGGCCUGAUGGAGGGAGUUAACCAGCCCUUUGUUCAGACGGAGACUACGUUAAUCUUGGUAAAAUGUUAACAGCCUCCUCUCAGUUUUUCAACCCUAUUUGUUUUUCUUAAGAGCCCAGGUGUCCUCUCUGAAAUGUGGACCUCACGGGAGGUCACAUCCUGUCCCUGUGAGGGUUUUAGCCCAGGACCAGGCUCCAGGGCUAAUUACCUACCAACCAUAGGUGCUUUUGAGCCUUGUUUACUUCUCCCUAAAAAAGAAAAGCUCCUUCUGCCCACCUCUGAGAGGCUCGCAGAUCUUACGGUGUCUCCCUGCAGGUCUCACGGUAACAUAGUAGCCUCUUCGCCUACUGCCAGGGCCCCUUGCCACCUCUUGCAGGAAUCCUUUUGAAUAAAGCCUCCCCUUGCCUAUGUCAGAAUUUGUUCUUAUUUGGCAGAGGGCGUGGAAGACCUGAAUGUUUCAAAUCGGGGAUCAGUUCAAGUCAGUGAUUACGUUAAAAUGUGUCUAUAACAGCUCUACUGGACACCCAGGAAAGGCAAGAGUAUGCCAGCGGGGAAGGUGCCCCACCCCCGGGGAACCUGGCAGAGGAGAGGGUCUCCAGAAUCCAAGCCAAGCGCCAAAGUCACCCUCCCGCACCCCUUCUCUCACCAUCCCGUGUGUACGUGUGUGUCUGGGACCCAGGGCAAUGUGAAUUUUCUUUUUAUUUGGGAGAUUGUUCACGGAAAACAGACCCUCUUUUCUCUCGUCCACCUAUCAAUUGUUUACAAUGUUUGUAUAUCUAUGCAAAAUACUUGAAUGGGCCAUGGUGCCUUUUUUCCUUGUUUGUAUUUAAUUAAAAUAAAUUGUCAUUUGAAAUGUC